CCAAUACCCUUUCCACUCUACCAUAAAUUAAAAUAAUUAAGCUACCACCAAAUUAAAAACCUUCACUUUCAUUUAAUUCCUUUCCCCCUUCAUUCCUUUUACUUAUGCUUUUCCUUCCAAACCCACCAACAACGCACCACAAUCACAAAAUAUACUAACCCCAAAGACAAUAAUUAUUAAAACAUGGACAGGCUCAUAAGGUUAGACCCUUCAAACACAGUCCUAAUCAGGGUUGAGCCAGGGCAAAAGUGCCACGGCAGGAUCACCUUACACAACGUGAUGUACACAAUGCCAGUGGCCUUCAGGCUUCAACCACUCAUCAAGACCCGUUACACAGUGAAGCCCCAAUCAGGGAUCAUAUCCCCUUUAGCCACACUUACCAUAGACAUCACCUACCAUCUCCCACAAGGCUCGUCUCUCCCCCACUCUUUCCCUCACUCGAACGACUCUUUCCUCUUACACAGCGUUUUGGUUCCCGGCGCCGCCAUCAAGGAACCCUCCUCCAUGUUCGAUGCUGUCCCCAGUGACUUGUUCAAGAAGAAACAGGUCUUCAUCGACAGCGCCAUCAGGGUCAUGUUUGUGGGGCCUCACAUUCUGGCUCGGCUAGUAACACAAGGUGCAACGGAUGAAAUAAGAGAAGUUUUAGAGAAAAGUGACCCAUCAUGGAGAAAUGUUAACUCGACAGACCCACAAGGCCAAACGUUGCUCCACUUGGCGAUUUCGCAAGGUAGAGCUGAUCUCGUUCAGUUGCUCCUAGAAUUCGAGGCUGACGUCGAAGCCUUAAACCGUUCUGGCUCAACCCCACUUGAGGCUGCAUCGUCCUGCAACGAAGCCUUAAUUGUUGAGCUUCUUUUGGCCCACAAAGCCAACACAGAACGGUCGGAAUUGUCCAUGUUCGGUCCGAUCCACCACGCAGCCAGAGGAGGACACGUGGAGGUUAUGAGACUUCUCUUGCUCAAAGGUGCCAAAGUGGAUUCACUCGCUAAAGAUGGCAACACAGCCUUGCACGUUGCAGUUGAAGAGCACACAAAGGACUGUGUUAGACUCCUUCUGGCAAACGGUGCCAGAACAGACGCUAAAAAUACAAGAGAAGGUGACACGCCUUUGCACGUGGCAUCAGCAAUAGGAGAUGAGAGCAUGGUGAAGCUCUUGCUGCAAAAGGGUGGUGCCAACAAAGACGUGAGAAACAGACAAGGGAGAACCGCGUAUGAUAUUGCAGUGGAAAACGGCCAUGCACACCUCUACGACGCCUUGUGUUUGGGGGACAAACUGUGCGUGGCAGCAAGGAAAGGGGAAGUGAGGAGCAUCCACAAGCUUCUAGAGAAUGGUGCAGGGAUCAAUGGGAGGGACCAAAAUGGUUGGACAUCGCUGCACAGGGCCUCGUUCAAAGGGAGAAUCGACACUGUGAAGCUUCUUGUAGAGAAGGGGGCGGAGGUGGAUGCAAAGGACGAAGAAGGGUACACGGCGUUGCACUGUGCUGCUGAGUCGGGGCAUGCUGACGUGACUGAGUUUUUGGUGAAGAGAGGUGCUGAUGUUGAAGCCAGGACUAGGAAGGGUGUGAGUGCGUUGCAAAUAGCUGAGUCGUUGCACUACGUGGGGAUUACGAGGGUUCUUGUUAAUGGUGGGGCCAGUAGGGAAAAUUGUGAUGUGGGUAAAGUGGCGGCACUUGGUGCAAUUGCGUUUGGGACUAAAAUGGAAGCUAGGGGUGUCAUGAAUAAAAAGAAGAGGGGUGGUGGUGGCAGAGCCAGAAUGCUAAAUGGUGCUAGCUUUGAUCGUUCAAUGGCUCUGGCUGUGCUCUAAUUACAGAGAUUCUAAUUAAUUUAAUGGUACGUAUUUGGUACAUUAGAAAUGGGAAGAAGCCGUUAUGAUUAAUUUGGGUUUUGGCGCAUUAAAAUCAGAUGAAAUUGAGAGCAAUUUUGGCUUUUGGUUAUGAUUUUUGUUUUGUUGAUGGAAUAGUAAAUUUAUGCCAAAAUGUUCAUGCUAAUACC